AAGAAAUAUUAGAAAGGGACGAACGACGCUGGGAAAGAGCGAGAAGAAGCCAGAAGAGAAGAAGCCAGAAGAAAAGACCGAUGAAAAUAGGGAUAGUGAGGCGGGAGGAAGCGAAACACGAGCGUAAUCAAACUGUCAUGCCACUCCACAAGUCUUCCCACAAGGCACCUCGCCUGGACCCCACCAUGAUCUCAGCUCCGCUGGGGGACUUCCGCCACACCAUGCACAUCGGGAGGGGCGGAGAUGCUUUCGGUGACACCUCCUUCCUGGCUACUGUCGGCCCCAGCCCUGACCCUGGGUCUCCGGGUGCCACGGCAACAAACGACUCAAUGSCGCCCGUUGAUUCCGAGACGCCACUUAACCACACUGAUGAUGUCACGGAUGGCUUCGGAAGCCCACUGAACAGUGAGCUUCAGCAUUCCGAGUCGGUGUCGUCCUUCACACUCGAUAUGGAUUUCGACCUGGGCCCAUCCAUCAUGGGUGAUGUGCUGGGGGUGAUGGAUGGACUGGGGCUGGACUCAGACUGGACUAGGACUCGCGCUAAUGAGGAAGAUGUCUCCAGUCCAAGCAAAAGUCUUGUCAUUGAAGUGGAGAAUUUUAAAAUGGCGGCGGAGGAUCAGUCUGUCAGCAUAAGGAACGAGCUGAAUGAGAAGAAGCUUUUAGGGAUCGAGGGAGAUGAGGUGGGAGAUGGAAGGAUAAUAGAGGGGACUGGAGGGAUCAAGGCCAAAGGCCAGAGGCCGAAGGUGAGAUUCAGCGACAAACGAGAGGAGAUCAUUCGCCAAGCGUCGGAGGAGGAAGGUCAGGAGUUAGAUGUUGAGGAAGAGUAUGUGAGUCCCACUGAGGAAGAUCGAGAGAGAGGGAACAACGUCAUCAGCGUGCCAAUCGCGGGAAUAGAGGUACAGCCCAUCAAUCACAAGGCGGAUUCACCUUCCAGUCCCGCCUCCUCACAUAGCUCAGAGUAUGAGGGUGUCACCCCAUUGGACAGGAGGAGGGUUGACAACUGUCACUCAGAGACUGAUUCCGAGGAGGAGGAGGAGGAGGAGGAGGAGGAGGAAGGGGGAGACAAUGGACGGGGCUACACAUUUGAAGAUGAGUUUGAUGAUGAAAUCGGCCUAUAA